AUGGCCCUACCAAUGCCCACUACGAUGCCCUUACUAGCGCCCAUAUAUUUACCGGGACAAGAACCUUUACCUCCCGGAACAAGUGAUUGGGAAAAACAAGAGAUGCAGACUGCUCUGAAAUAUCAGAAGUACCUGGGUAUGGCAAUGGAGAGUUGUCCGUUGAAAGUGACAUUAUCAGGUGGUGCAGGUUUCGCUUUGGGAGGAUUCUUUUCCUUGAUGUCAGCAACCUUCGCUUAUGAAGAUCCGUUAUCCCGUGCAUCAACUCAACUGUCAACGAGGGCGCAAACGAUGUUCGUUUUCAAAGAGAUGGGUAGAAAUAUGUGGUCAAGUGGAAAAGGUUUCGCCAAAGUUGGUGCUAUAUAUUCUGGUGUGGAAUGCUGUAUUGAAGGUUACAGAGCCAAAAACGAUAUAACCAACGCCGUAUCAGCAGGUUUCUUAUCAGGUGCUAUAUUGGCUAGAAGUUCAGGUUUGAAAGCUGCUAUUGGAGGUGGUGUCGCGUUUGCCGCUUUCUCAGGUGCUAUAGAUUUGUAUUUGAGGAAAGAACCUUCAGAGUGA